AUGCCCAUUCCCAAAUCCUCCCCCCUUCAUCUCGCGGUUGCCCUCCUCAAUCCUAGUCCGGAUGAGUCUGAGGACCAGCAAACAGCGGGUCAUUCCUCGCACGAUGCGGCCUCUACCCCACUAUUCCGCCAAGUCAUCGAACGAGCUCAUGGUGAUCCCCAGUUGCUCGACCGGUCCUUGAUGAAGCUGCUGGUCCGGCUUCCAAGCCAAGACCCACCUCCAGAGACGGUCGCAGUUUCACCACAACUCGCCAAAGUCAUUCGGUCGGCCACGGAUCUUUCCAAGACCCAGAAGGAUAGCUUCGUCGCCAUUGACCACCUGAUCCAAGCCGUGUCUCAAGACUCGCAGGUUCAGCGUGCCCUCGCAGACGCUAAUGUCCCCAACCUCAAAUUGAUCGAUACUGCUGUUCAACAGAUUCGGGGAACACGACGUGUGGACUCGAAAACAGCGGACGCGGAGAGCGAGAAUGAAAAUCUGAAGAAAUUCACCAUUGAUAUGACAUCUUUGGCUCGCGAGGGCAAGAUUGAUCCCGUGAUUGGACGUGAAGAAGAAAUCCGCCGAGUCAUUCGUAUCCUGAGUCGCCGAACCAAGAACAACCCCGUGCUCAUCGGUGAGCCUGGUGUGGGUAAGACCACCAUUGUGGAGGGUCUGGCCCGUCGUAUUGUGAAUGCCGAUAUUCCUGCCAACUUGGCGCAGUGUCGCCUACUCUCUCUCGACGUUGGCUCCUUGGUCGCCGGAAGCAAGUAUCGCGGUGAGUUUGAGGAGCGCAUGAAGGGUGUUCUGAAAGAAAUCGAGGAUUCCAAGGAGACUAUCGUUUUGUUUGUCGAUGAAAUUCACCUCCUGAUGGGGGCUGGAUCUAGUGGAGAGGGCGGCAUGGAUGCCGCAAACCUUCUCAAGCCCAUGCUGGCUCGUGGACAACUCCACUGCAUUGGUGCAACUACUCUUAGCGAAUACCGCAAGUACAUUGAAAAGGAUCAGGCGUUCGAGCGACGAUUCCAGCAAGUCCUAGUCAAGGAGCCUUCUGUCCCCGAGACAAUUUCCAUUCUUCGUGGCUUGAAGGAAAAGUACGAAGUUCACCACGGUGUCAAUAUUCUCGAUGGCGCCAUUGUUACUGCAGCCACCCUUGCCUCUCGUUAUCUCACUGCCCGUCGUCUUCCUGAUUCGGCCGUCGAUUUGAUCGAUGAAGCUGCCGCCGCGGUUCGGGUCACUCGUGAAUCCGAACCCGAGGCCCUCGACACACUUGAGAGAAAACUCCGACAGCUUCAGAUUGAAAUUCAUGCCUUGGAGCGUGAACAAGAUGAGGCCUCUAAGAAUCGUCUUGAGGCCGCCAAGCAGGAAGCUGCGAAUGUCACCGAGGAACUUCGACCCAUGCGCGAAAAGUACGAAAACGAAAAGAAGCGCAGCAAGGAAGUACAGGAUGCCAAGAUCAAGCUUGACUCCCUCAAGGUCAAGCGUGACGAGGCCGAGCGCUCUGGUGACACACAGACCGCGGCUGAUCUAGAAUACUAUGCCAUUCCCGAGACCAAGACACUCAUUGAACGGCUGGAGGCCGACCGUGCUAGGGCUGAUGCCGAACGUCGUGCAAACAACGGUGACGCUGGUGAGGCUCUUCUCGCGGACGCGGUCGGUCCUGACCAAAUCAACGAGAUUGUCGCCCGAUGGACCGGUAUCCCUGUCACCAGACUUAAAACCACCGAGAAGGACAAGCUCCUCAAUAUGGAGAAGUACUUGGGUAAGGUGGUUGUUGGCCAGAAGGAGGCUGUUAUCUCUGUUUCCAAUGCGAUUCGACUGCAGCGCUCUGGUCUGAGCAAUCCUAACUCACCUCCAAGUUUUCUCUUCUGCGGACCCUCCGGUACUGGUAAGACACUGCUCACAAAGGCCUUGGCUGAAUUUCUUUUCGACGACCCUAAGGCUAUGAUUCGCUUCGACAUGUCUGAGUACCAGGAACGGCACUCGCUGAGCCGAAUGAUUGGCGCUCCCCCUGGAUACGUCGGUCACGAUGCUGGUGGUCAACUCACUGAGAGCCUGCGCCGUCGCCCCUUCUCCAUUCUUUUAUUCGACGAGGUUGAAAAGGCCGCUAAGGAGGUUCUUACUGUCCUUUUGCAACUCAUGGAUGACGGCCGUAUUACCGAUGGGCAAGGCCGUAUCGUUGAUGCAAAGAACUGCAUUGUUGUGAUGACCUCCAACUUGGGUGCGGAAUACCUCACUCGCUCUAUUAGCCGUGACGGUCGCAUUGAGCCCCAGGUCCGUGAACAGGUUAUGGGUGCGCUCCGUGACUACUUCCUCCCCGAGUUCCUCAACCGUAUCUCCAGCACGGUCAUCUUCAACCGUCUCACGAAGAAGGAGAUUCGCAAGAUCGUCGAUGUUCGCCUUUCCGAGGUCCAGAAGCGGCUCGAUCACAACGGCCGCAAUGUCUUCAUUCAAUGUACCGACGAGGUCAAAGAUUAUCUCGGCGCUGCUGGCUACUCCCCCGCCUAUGGGGCUCGCCCUCUUUCUCGCCUCAUCGAACGUGAGGUUCUCAACCGUCUUGCUGUCCUCAUUCUGCGCGGUAGCAUCAAAGAUGGUGAGACCGCUCGCGUUGUCAUGAGCGACGGUCGCAUCGAUGUUCUUCCCAACCACGAGCUUGGAGAGAGCGACUCCGAUGAUGAGGACAUGGUCGACUCUGACGACGCUCUUGCCGAAAUGGAAGAUGAUAGUGGCGACAUGGAUCUGUAUGACGAGUAA